CGGCAGCCGCCAUUUUGUCUGGGAGUGUAAAUGUGAAAGGGAAAGCCGGAGCGCAGCCCGCGGAAGGAGGCAGUGGGGAGCGGGGCCGGGCGCGGCCAGCCGUGCCGGCGGGGCUGGGAGGCGAGGCGACGCCGCCGCCGCGUCCCCGAGCACCGGGAAGAGCCUCCCCCCCCCCUCCCCCUUCCCUCCUCCUUCCCUCCUGUCGCUGCCGCGGCGGCGGUCGAGGGGAGCCGGUGAGGCGGAGCCCGGCGAGGACUCUCCGCUCGCCCUCGCCGCACCGGAGGGGGCUGCCGGCGCCCUUCCCCCGGGGAGGCUGCGCUCGCCCCCCGCCUGCCCCGGCCUUGCUGCCCGCCGCGGCGGGUGCGCGGGGGGGGAGCCGCCGCCCGGGCCGCACCAACGAUGUCGGGGCAGUCGAUCACCGACCGCAUCACGGCGGCGCAGCACAGCGUCACCGGCUCGGCCGUCGCCAAAGCUGUCUGCAAGGCGACGACCCACGAGGUGAUGGGCCCCAAGAAGAAGCACCUGGACUAUCUAAUACAGUGCACAAAUGAAAUGAAUGUGAAUAUUCCACAGUUGGCAGACACACUCUUUGAAAGAACUGCGAACAGUAGCUGGGUUGUAGUUUUCAAAGCUCUAAUUACAACACACCACCUCAUGAUGUAUGGAAACGAGCGCUUUAUCCAGUAUCUUGCAUCCCGAAACACUUUGUUCAAUUUGAAUAACUACCUGGACAAAAGUGCCAUGCAGGGCUACGAUAUGUCUACCUUCAUUAGGCGAUAUAGCAGAUACUUGAAUGAAAAAGCACUUUCAUAUAGACUUGUAGCUGUUGACUUCACCAAAAUGAAAAGAGGGAUAGAUGGAGUGAUGAGAACCAUGAAUGCUGAAAAGCUUCUGAAAACCCUUCCAAUCAUACAGAACCAGCUUGAUGCACUCCUUGAUUUUGAUGCAAAUCCAAAUGAACUAACAAAUGGUGUUAUAAAUGCUGCCUUUAUGCUCCUCUUUAAAGAUUCCAUUAGACUUUUUGCAGCAUACAAUGAGGGGAUUAUUAAUCUUUUAGAAAGAUAUUUUGAUAUGAAGAAGAACCAGUGCAAAGAAGGCUUGGAUAUUUACAAAAAAUUUCUAGCCAGAAUGACCAAAUUGUCAGAAUUCCUCAAAGUAGCGGAGCAAGUUGGAAUUGAUCAGGGUGACAUUCCAGAUCUUACUCAGGCUCCCAGCAGCUUGCUUGAAGCACUGGAACAGCAUUUGGCUUCAGUGGAGGGAAAGAAAACAAAAGAAGUCUCCGCUGCCAGCAGAGCCAGUGCCCUAUCCAGUGCUGUUUCCACACUUGCCAGUACCGGAAUGUCAUUUAGCAGGAUGGAUGAGAAAGAAAAGCAGCAGGCAUUGGAAGAGGAACAAGCUAGACUGCAGGCACUUAAGGAGCAGCGGUUAAGAGAGAUUUCUGUAGUAUCAAAUUCCAUUUCCACAUCAGCAUCCCCAAGCACCUUAUCAGGAAAAAGUGUGAAUACUACCAUAGCUGUUGACCUCUUUGCAGUACCAGCACCCACAACAAAUAGCAUGCCCAACCUUUCUAGUGAUCUUUUUGAUCUUCAGCCUGCAUUCGUUCCAACUGUGCAGAGUACUCCAGCUAUAUCAACAUCAGCAAGCAGUGCCUGGGGAGGUCCUUUCUCCUCCUCAAAUGGUUGUGUUGGUUCUCCACCUCAUCUGGACAUCUUUGACAUGAAGCCAGUUGAAGAAGCUGUAAAAUCUACCACCCCUUUCAUCAAUUCUACUUUUUCCUCCAAACAAACGGUGGAGCUAUUUAGUGAUGACUUUAGUGGUCAUAAACCUACAUAUGCUUCUGUGUAUCAUCCUCUGACUGUUGAUGGUUUUCCUCUUCAUUCAGCUCCUCCGAGUACCACCUCUUCAACAAUUAACGUGGACUUCGAUGCUGUUUUUGGAGGAAAAUCUGCAGUACCAGAGUACAGGACUACAAGUGAUGAUGUAUUGCAACCCACAGUACCACCACAAAGUCAAAGAGCCACUUUAGCCAACCAGCAAAGCGGAAAAAUUUUGGCAAAUGACCUCGAUUCUUCACUUGCUAAUCUAGUGGGAAAUCUUGGCUUUGGAGGAACUCCAUCCAAAAAAUCGGAUAUGCAGUGGACCCAACCUACAGAGAAAAAACUUACUGGUGGAACAAACUGGCAAGCAAAAACAAGCACAUCGACCACAUGGAACCCUACUCCCUUACCCACUAUUCCACAUAUGAAUGGAGUACACUAUCCUGGAUAUGUACCUGCUCCUAUCGCAUACCCAUUGACCACACCUCAAGUGCCUGUAUAUGGAAUGGUACCUCCUCAGGUUGGAGCUGCUCCUUUGAUGGCACCUCAGUCAAUGAUGUAUACGCAGCCUGGUCUAAGGCCAACAAAUCCUUUUGCACCUGUUUCUGAAACUCAGAUACAGUUUAUGUAGAGCCGCCAAAGCAGCAAGAUGCGAGAACAACCAAAUACUGGUAAAAAAAAAAAAAAAGACUGAUUUUCAAUCUUUCCACGAUGUAUUCCUGAACAGGGCAACUGUUUCUUCCCUGUAUAAUACAAUAUUAUUUUGAAUUGCAAUGCUUUAGAGAUUCUUGUUUAUAACAGUCACUGCAGUGUGAAGUCAUGUUUGUUCACUGAUUUUUCUUAAACUGCUCAGCAGAAAACUGUAUUUUCUUGAGGUUGACUGAGAAGGUGCAGGCGGGGUUAUCAUCUUCAAAGCUGAGAAGAAGGGUUACGUGAUUGCUCUACAGCCUUAUUCAUCAAUGGAUUACCUUAGGAACUUAACUGAGGAUGUCAAAGUUAUUUAUUUUCUCCAUAAAUUAUGUGGCUGUUGUAACCAAGACACAACACAAAUGAAGUUGAGCAAUAAAAUUUUUAUAUGCUCUAAUAAAUACUCUGAUAGAGCAAUGCUUGCAUUAUCAUAAGGCCAAUAUUGUGUGAAAUCAGACAGCUUUUUCACAUUAGAAUAGCUUAGAGUAAUUUGCAAACUUUAUAAUGUGAGUUUGAAAUGCUGUGAAUCAACAAGAUAUAUACAUAUUACACACACACACACACACAUAUAUAUAUAUAUAAUAAAAAUAAUAAAUUGCUCCAUCGGUAUGUCAGUGUUACAUGGCUAGUUGAAAGAGCCAGGCUCUGAUAGGGGCUGGAAGUCUGUUACGGAGCAGGGGAAAGCAGUAUGUUACAGAACAGCAAGUGCAGCCUCCAACAGAUGACAGUAGCCGCACUUCCAUCGAGUGUUGUCUCUGCAGAUGGCGUCUUUCACAGCUCGAGGAAGAGCAGCUUUGGGAGCCAGUAAAUGUAGGUAUCCCCAGCAGCAGCGUAUGGGAGCAAUUUGAAAAACAUUGUUGCUAACUGCGAAAGAGGCAAGAGAUCCAAAUUUUUUUUUUUUUUAAAGUCCAUUGGGUCAAAAGAAGCAAACUGCAAUAGUGCUGACACUUGUGAACUGGCAACUAUAUUGAAAUUAUCCAGCUGUAGAGAAUAGCUUGUGCUGCUUUUUUGAAAUAAGAACCUAGUUGUAAACCAUAUAAAAGUAAUUAUUUUUAAAUGUGUAAAUAUGUGCAAACUUUUAGAUAAUCUUUUCUUUAAUGCUACAGUAAUCUUCUCUGUAGUAAUUUCAAGGUAAAAAUGCUAUGUUAAGGAAUCCAGGCUCUUUUUGAGAGGAAAAUCUUUUAAAUCUACUAAUUUGAGGUACGCUAUUCAUGAUGUGUCAGUGUACAGACCUCUGGCACAUCUUUUGUACCUAACAAUAUUCCUCCAGAACUGAAAUUGGCUAAGAAAAUGCCUUACCUUGUAUUUUUCAAUGUCUGAUAAAAAAUGAUAGCAUUAAAAAAAAAAAAAAAAAUUAAUAACAAGUAAAUGGGGGCAACCUUUCUUCCAGAAGUUUUGUGGCAGAAUACAGUGAGAAGCUUUCCUGUAAAAUGACUUCUACUAAUAAUUAAUAUUAAAGCUGAAUUUUUGAAAAAUUAUUAUUUUCUAUUGUUACAAUAAAUAGAUCUCCAGAGUAGCACGUCUUUUUAUCUUUUGGGGAGUCUGUAAUUGCAGAAAUAUCUCUGACUCUCACUAUAAAUGCAAAUAGGCCUGAGAAUCUUGUCAAACUGUCUUGUAGAGAACUUCUAAAAUACAGCACUUUCUUCAUAGUGGGAACAAGCCUUCUCUUUUCUGUCCAAAGAGUGCAAAAGUAGUAUUUCUUAACCCUUUGGAAAUAUUUUUUGCCAAAUGAAAUGACUAAAAAGAAACAAAAAAACAACCCCUAACCCUUGGAAUCUGUAACCACUAACUUCCCGGGAAAUGUAACCUUGCUGAAAUUUAAAACUCAGAUUUUCUGAAUGUGUAUUGAUUUUUAAAUUGCUAUAUACUAGUCCAAAUUCUUUUAACGUUCAAGUUUGAAUUACAAAGGGCUUCAAGCUUUAAUCCACCUUUACUGGGUUGAACAAUUGUACAAUUUUAAGCCAAUGAGUUUUUCAGUGCCUAUAGUUACCCUCCACAUGAUGAGGGAAUAGAUGCCAUUUAGAAUGGGUCAUUGUGUUGAGGGGACUGUUUAUUUCAGAAAUAGUGAAUUCCAUUGAUUUAUUCAGCAUUGAAAAGUCUUGAGUUUAAAUUAGAUCAGUAGGUGUAGUAAUAAAUGUCUGGGCAUUAAUGGAAGAGCUGAGGGUGCUCCAAGCAGGCAGUUUCUUGCACUGGAAGCUGUUAGGUCUCUUUCUCAUACUGAGUUGUACAAGUAAUAAUCCAUUAUUUUAUUAAAAUAUGCAAAUAAAUGCCUGACAAACAGUAUAUAUUUGUUAUAAAUUUAUUGCAGAGCAUUCUGAAUAUCUGGAAUGUACUUCACUCUGAAAUGGUUUUAGUACUAGGUACAGUUUGCACUACUUCUGAUUUGCUCGGGAUUUUUUAAUGGCUCUUUGGUAUGCUUUCUUGUAGCAAAGCUGUCUGAUACCAAUUUAUUUAGUAUUAAAAAAGGCGAAACAGCCACCAAGUAAAUCCUAAAAACUUUAUAAGCUACCUUCUUUUUAGUCUUGUUCAGAAUGUUUGAUACAUGAAAACAUGGCUUUCAGAUUUAUCCUUGUGAAGAAAAGACUGCUUUACACUUCUCUCUGCACAAAAGUGCACAGGACUGCUUUUUGCCAACCUCUUCCUUGUGCACGUAUUGGAACGCAUAAAAUGGCAGAGUACUGUGUUUUAAAUACCGUAGCUCAUACAUUAGAAGUAAAAACCAAGGACUUGGGAUGAUGUCAGGCUUUUAUGGCUCAGAACUUGUUCUCCAAAAAAACACUUUGAAGACAAAAGUUGCUCUCGAGGGUGACUGUAAUAGCCUGCAAGAGUUGCAAAUAUUAGUUGUGAUGAGUAAAACACUGAAGUGAGAUGUAUAUAAAUGUGACUUUCCCUUUUGUUCCUUCCAACUUGUUUGAUCAGAAUCCUGUUCUGAGUACUUCAGAAAGCAGAUGACUAAGAAGUCACUCCAUGUUUGUCUGAACAAGGAGGAAGACUUGAAGUAUGUCAUGCGCUUUGCAUUAUUGUACUUUAGUGGGUCAUUCAAGCCUAACUGUUGGGACUUCAUGCUGCUACAGGGAGGCUCUCUUUCAUGGGGUAUACCAUAAGAUAACUUCUGGGGGAAUUUGGAAAGGUUGAUUGUAUUAGGCCUGUGGGACUUGAAAGUGUACCUCUUUUUAAAUAACUGGGGUUUUCUAAUGUUCUCUAGAUAUAGUUUUGACUUUGCCUCCAAGAAGUUUUAUUGAUAUUUUUUUUUAAUAUUGGACAUGUACUAGAGGAAUCUCAGUUCUGUGCACAUAGUGGUGGAAUACCUGUAGGUAAAAAUAACAAAAGGACUUUUGUUUAAAAAAACACACACGCACACACACAAAAAAACAACAACAAAAAGACUUCUGACUACAAGAUUGAAUACAGGGUGUAUCCCCAUCUGGUUUUUUUUUUUUUUGACAUGUGGCAGGGAGGGUGGGGUUACAAAUAGAAUAGUACGCACUGUGGAUCGGUGCUUAAUUUGUACAUAAAAAGGAAAACUUCGUUUUGGGUAGUUUGUAUUGUAAGGACAACAUCUAAAGGCACUGUGUAUCAGUCAUUUAUUUCCAUUUAAAAGAUUAUAUUUUUGAGCAAUGGAAACUGUACAUGUUAUCAUUUAUACAUUACUGAUAGCUAGGAAUAUAGAAAACCUGUUGCUAUUACUCUGAAGAUGUAUCUGACUUAUUGAUAUAUACAUCACUGCAUCACUACUUUAUGCAGAUUCUCAUGCUCAUUUAUUUAAAGAGAUUGUAGUAACUGGUAGAGUUACAACAGGAAUUGUAACAUCAAAUCUUUCAGUAUCUCAAAUGUGUAUCCUUGUGAUUAAUCCUUUACCAAAUGUUUGGCUGGAAUUUCAUUUUGGAGAAAUGACAAAAUAGGUGCUGGAACAGAUUUCCCUCACCCCAACCCACGCUUUAUUUAUUUAAUAGGUUUUGUUUUGUAUGUUAUGUUUUCCCCAUAACAGGUUUGUGCCUUUUAUUGGAUAUUUAUUUAAAAGGAGCUACUAUAAUUUAGGUUAAGAGGCUUUUUUUCAGAUGUAUUCUUGUACAGCUCUUCCUUUACAUGAGUUCCUUCAUUUUAUAAGAAUACAGAAUGUGUGGAAAAUAUACUAGCCACAAACUGGAAAAAAAAUUUUGAGGGUUUAUGUUCUAGGAAUUAAUAAUUUUUUAAAAAGAAGCCUAAGCACAAGAUUGGCUGUGUUGAUAUUUUAAUUGUGGAACUUCACACUUUGUUAAUACACAAACUGUUUGUUUUUUAAAAACUGCUCAUAUCCAAUUAUUUGAUGAAACAAGUUUUGGAAAAAAAUAAACUUUGGCACAUGCAA